AUGCCUGUGCCUAGAAUCAUAGCCGCCAUCAGGGGUGCUGUGUCGCGAGACACAUACAAAUACAGCGCGAUCCCAGAGCCAGAGGCGGAGGCGUCAGGUCGACAGGCGCUGACUCGGCGGCCAUCCGUUUACGAAUCUUCAUCACAGGGGCAGACGAGGCUGAUUAAAAUGUCACUCGGAGGCAUGGCGCUUUUUGCCAUAUUACUGACCAUGGUCUCACUUGGGCGAGCCAAGUCAUACUCAGCUUGCGAGGCAGUCGGGAACUGUACGGCGGAUGUAUCACAUAUUUGGGGCCAAUACUCACCCGUGUUCGCUGUCCCGUCUACCAUCGAUGCAUCAAUCCCAUCUGGGUGCAACGUAACUUUUGCCCAGAUUCUGUCACGGCAUGGAGCGCGAGCGCCUACCCAGAAGAAGUCUGAUUUCUACAGGGACAUGAUUGUACGCAUCCAGAGCAAUGUCAAAAACUACGGCAAGGGAUUCGAGUUCCUGAAAGAUUACGAUUAUCACCUUGGCGUUGAUGACCUCACCCUGUUUGGAGAACAACAGAUGGUUGAUUCUGGAACUGCAUUUUUCCAGCGAUACCGGGAUCUGGCCUCUCAGUUUGAUCCCUUUGUUCGAGCAUCGGGUUCAGAUCGAGUAGUUGUAUCGGCGCAGAGAUUUGUUGAAGGAUACUAUAAAGCUCAAGAUCGCGGCGCUUCGAACCCAGUAAAGAGCAUUUUGGUGCUCCCCGAAGAAGAUGGGUUCAACAACACGCUGAACCACGGAUCGUGUCCAGCCUUUGAAGAGGGCCCUGCAUCCGAAAUUGUGGCUACACACCAGAAGAUAUGGCUUGGAGUUUUUGGACCUGCCAUUACCAAGAGGCUCAACAGCAAAUUGCCAGGCGCAAAUCUGACCUUGACUGAGACCAUCUUCAUGAUGGAUUUGUGCCCAUUCAACACAGUGGCAAACACUAGCCUCGUGGCAUCCGACUUUUGCAGGCUCUUCUCCAUGGACGAGUGGGCAAGCUACGACUAUUUCCAGUCACUGGAUAAAUGGUAUGGCUACGGCAAGGGCAAUCCCCUGGGCCCGUCUCAGGGAGUUGGAUUUGGCAACGAGUUGGUUGCCAGGCUUACCGGUACACCUGUGGACGACGAUACCACGACAAACUCAACGCUCGACUCUUCGCCCGAGACUUUCCCCCUAAACAGCAAACUGUAUGCAGAUUUCUCGCACGACAACACCAUGUCUUCCAUUUUCGCCGCCCUGGGGCUGUUCAACUCAACUAUGGACCUGCCUCUCAAGUACAAGCUGUCGCCUCGCCGCCUUCGCGGGUUUUCUGCUUCCUGGGUGGUGCCGUUUGGCGCCCGCAUGUACUUGGAGAAGAUGCAGUGCAGCGAUGCGAGCGAGGAGCUAGUGCGGGUCAUCUUGAACGACCGAGUGGUUCCGCUGCGGACGUGCAAUUCCGACAGACUGGGACGGUUCGCUAAAAAGCAGCAAGGGCCCCCUGUAUUCCAGGCGCAGGAACCAAGCCCAGGCAUUCCUGGCCCCGAUAGCAGCGAUAAGGUGCCCAAAGCGGAAGUCGCUCGACGUCAGCAGUCCCAGACCCCAAAGGAGAUCAUGGUUUCCACCGCGGGAGGCAUCGUCAUCGCGAUUGUGGUGAUUUUGGUGGCGGCGGCUGUUGGAUGGGUUGUUUUCUCGCAGCUACGAGCGCGGAGAUUGGGGCUUCCACCUCCGAGUCUAUCGUCGUAUCUGCCAUGGCAUAAAUCAGACACGCCCUACGGGCCACCGAGACCGGCUCGCGGCGGCGUCGUCGGCUGGUUCAACGACCUUACGCGCAAGUUCAAGCACCGCAACGACCGGUCGGCAACGGGCGCCUACGAGCAGUCGCUUCACAGCGGCAGCGGCCCCGGAAACCGCGGCUUUGGCCCGCUUGACCCCGACGAUGCGUGGGACUCGCGCGUGGGCAACGAGGCUGACGGAUACGGCUACUACGAGCAGGAGCUGGGAGGCCACACCGAGUACACCGGCGCAAACUACGGCGGCAGCCGGCUAGGCCCAGCGCCGCCAGCUCAUGCAGGCUACGAAGAGGAUGUUGAGCGAGGGCGACGGCCGAGCAGAGACGCUGGAGCAGCGACGGCAGCUGAGGCUGGCCGCCGUCAGAACCCUUUUGACGAUGACGCGCAGGUCAGCCUCAGGGGCGUCAGUCCGCGACCCAUGGACAUGGCGGCAGCAGGACACAGGGCGGGCGAGCGGCCGGGCAGUUCUGGCAGCAGCCAUGCCGAACGACGAUCGAUAUUCCGAGAGGACGUCUAG